AUGGAUGACUUUAAACCUUCAAUUCACACCAUGCCCAACAUUAACUUGAAGAUAUGGGUGCGGAUUGUUUCUCCCACCAGAGGGACAAUGCGACCAUGGUUGACAUUUCAAGGCGAGAAGUGCACGGUGGGACAGUUCACUGAUGUGGUCCCCCUUGACACCUGGUGGCACUGGAUAUAUAUAUUUGGAAAACACUGUCCUAACACUGGCUCUGAGCCCACACCCUUCUCCACACUGAGUCACCUGACUGGUGUUGCAGUGGUGGAGGAAAACUGCACCACGGUGAUGAAGUUUGUUCUCCUCGGGCUGUCAGAUGUCCCUGAGCUGAGACUCAUCCUCUUCCUCCUGUUCCUUCUCAUCUAUGGCGUCAUGGCCAACCUGGGCAUGGCGGCACUGAUUCAGGUCAGCUCCCAACUUCACACCCCCAUGUACUUCUUCCUCAGCCACUUGGCCUUUGUGGAUUUCUGCUAUUCUUCAGUGAUUAUGCCAAAGAUGCUGGCUAAUAUCAUAAACAAUGACAAAACCAUUUCUUUCCUGGGAUGCACGGUGCAAUUUUAUUUAUUCUGUACAUAUGCAAUCACUGAGGUCUUAUUGGCCGUGAUGGCCUAUGACCGCUUCGUGGCCAUCUGUAACCCACUGCUGUACAUGGUCAUCAUGUCCUGGAAGCCCUGGGUGAUGCUAGUUGCUUGCUGUUACCUCUGUGCUUCGGUGUGUUCUCUGAUUCACCUGUGCUCAGCCCUUGAGAUCCCCGCCUACAAGUCCAAUGUGAUUGACCACUUCUUCUGCGACCUGCCCCCUCUCUUAAGUCGUGCUUGCUCUGAUGUCACCAUGAACGAGAUGCUGCUGCUCAUCAUGGUAAAUUUCAAUGAGAUCUUCACCAUUGCGAUCAUCCUCACCUCCUACGUGCUCAUUCUCAUCACCAUCCUGAGGAUGCGCUCGGCAGAGGGACGGCGCAAAGCAUUUUCCACCUGUGCCUCCCACCUCGCAGCCAUCGCUGUCUUCCACGGAACAAUCCUUUUUAUCUACUGUCAGCCCACUUCUGGCAAUGAUCUGGAUGUUAACAAGGUAACCACAGUGUCCUACACUGCCAUGAUUUCCAUGCUGAACCCUCUGAUCUACAGCCUGAGAAACAAGGAUGUGAAAGAAGCCCUCAGAAAAGUGCUGGGCUCCAAAAUAUUCUCCUAG